UGGUUGAAAGGAAAAUUUUCAAAAUUCAGGACUCAAAUUGAAAAAAAGUUCCUUCUGGUCGAAGGAGAGAGAGAGUUGGGUACUUCCCACUUGGUAGUGGAAAGCAUAGCGUUUUUCUGUUCACCAUCACCCUCAAUUUCAAAAGUUAACUUUUGAUUCUCCUUCCGCCGAAACCCUAAUAUACAUACAUUCAUAUCUGCAUUUAUUAUCUAUACAUUUAUAUACAUCUCAGUGUUAUUUCAUUUCCAAGUCUCUCUUUAAUCUGGAAUUCAACUUGUGCUCUCCUUCUAUUUCUCUCUCUUCUUCGAUCUGUUUUUGGUUUCGAUCAGAAUUCUCUCUCCGUUGAUUCGUUGAUUAAGCGAAUCAAUGGAAGCGAUCGAAGAAUUGGCCAAGCUUUCCGAUUCGAUGCGACAAGCAGCUGCUUUGCUUGCCGAUGAAGACAUCGACGAGCAUUCUUCGAGGCGACCUUCCACGUUCCUUAAUAUUGUUGCUCUCGGCAAUACGGGUGCGGGUAAAUCAGCUGUUUUGAACAGUCUAAUUGGACAUCCUGCUUUGCCAACUGGUGAAGGUGGGGCUACUCGUGCUCCCAUAUGCAUUGAUUUAGCAAGGGAUAGUUCAUUAAGCAGCAAAUCAAUUAUCUUGCAGAUUGAUAGUAAAUCUCAAUCGGUUUCUGCAAGUGCUCUUCGGCAUUUUUUACAGGAGAGGCUAAGCAAAAGUUCAGGCAAGAGUCAUGAUGAAAUAGUUUUGAAGCUUCGUACAAAUACAGCUCCUCCAUUGAAGUUGAUUGAUUUGCCUGGAGUGGAUAAAGGAAAUCUUGAUGAUUCACUGAGUCAGUAUGUUGAACACAAUGAUGCAAUAUUGCUGAUUAUAAUACCUGCUGCCCAAGCACCGGAAAUUUCCUCCUCUAAAGCCCUAAGAAUUGCCAAGGAAUAUGAUGGAGAAUGUACCCGAACUAUUGGUGUUAUAAGUAAAAUAGAUCAAGCAGCGUCUGAUCCGAAAACCCUUGCGGCUGUUCAGGCUCUUCUUCUGAAUCAAGGACCACGAAGUACAUCUGAUAUUCAGUGGGUUGCUUUGAUAGGUCAAACUGUUUCUAUAGCUUCUGCACAGUCGGGAAAUGUUGGGUCUGAGAGCUCUUUAGAAACUGCUUGGCGAGCUGAGAGUGAAAGCCUUAAAUCUAUAUUAACAGGAGCUCCACAAAGCAAGCUUGGUAGAGUAGCUUUGGUAGAGACCCUUGCUCACCAGAUACGUAACCGUAUGAAAGUCAGGCUUCCAAAUCUCCUCUCAGGGCUCCAGGGUAAGUCUCAAAUUGUGCAGGAUGAAUUGGUAAGGCUUGGUGAACAAAUGGUUAAUAGUGCUGAAGGUACAAGAGCUUUGGCUUUGGAGCUUUGCCGUGAAUUUGAGGAUAAAUUUCUCCAACACAUUAUGACUGGUGAGGGUGGUGGUUGGAAAGUUGUUGCGAGUUUUGAGGGCAACUUUCCUAACAGGAUCAAACAACUGCCCUUAGACAGACAUUUUGACAUCAACAAUGUCAAAAGGAUUGUGCUAGAAGCAGAUGGUUAUCAACCUUAUCUUAUAUCUCCAGAGAAAGGGCUGAGGUCUUUAAUAAAAGGUGUUCUUGAGCUGGCAAAAGAACCUUCACGCCUCUGUGUUGAUGAGGUUCACCGUGUACUUCUGGAUAUAGUUUCAGCGGCUGCAAAUGCUACACCUGGACUUGGUCGAUAUCCUCCUUUUAAGAGAGAGGUUGUGGCAAUUGCAACUGAUGCACUGGAUGGUUUUAAGAAUGAAGCUAAGAAAAUGGUGGUUGCCCUUGUUGAUAUGGAGCGUGCAUUUGUUCCCCCACAACAUUUCAUCCGUUUGGUGCAGAGGCGGAUGGAUAGACAGCGACGUGAAGAAGAGCAAAAAAACCGAUCUUCUAAAAGGCCACUUGAGGCAGACCAAUCCUCACUAUAUAGGGCAACAAGUCCUCAAACAGGAGGCCAACAAUCUGGGGGAAGCUUGAAAUCCAUGAAGGAUAAAUCCAGCCAUCAAGAUAAGGAUGUACAAGAGGGAUCAGCCUUGAAGACAGCAGGACCUGAUGGGGAAAUAACAGCAGGAUUCUUAUUGAAAAAAAGUGCAAAAACUAGUGGUUGGAGUAGACGAUGGUUUGUUUUAAAUGAGAAAACUGGAAAGCUUGGUUACACCAAGAAACAAGAGGAACGGCAUUUCCAUGGUGUCAUCACCUUGGAGGAAUGUAAUAUUGAAGAAACCUCUGAUGAAGAAGAACCCCCUUCAAAAACUUCCAAGGAUAAAAAGGGAAAUGGACCAGAUUCUGGGAAAACACCAAAUCUUGUUUUCAAGAUAACAAGCAGGGUUCCAUAUAAGACUGUUUUAAAAGCUCACAGUGCAGUUGUGUUAAAGGCUGAAAGUAUGGCUGAUAAGGUCGAGUGGUUGAACAAGUUAAGAAAUUUGAUUCAGUCUAAAGGAGGUCAAGUGAAGGGUGAAUCUAGUCUUCCCAUGCGACAAAGUCUUUCUGAUGGUUCUCUUGAUACAAUGGCCAGAAGACCUGCAGAUCCGGAAGAAGAACUUCGAUGGAUGGCUCAGGAAGUACGUGGUUAUGUUGAAGCUGUUCUAAACAGCCUUGCUGCCAAUGUCCCAAAAGCGGUUAUUCUUUGUCAAGUCGAGAAAGCAAAGGAAGACAUGCUGAAUAAGUUGUACAGUUCUGUCAGUGCCCAAAGUACAGCAAGGAUUGAAGAGCUGCUCCAGGAGGACCAGAAUGUCAAGCGAAGGAGGGAUCGCUAUCAGAAACAGUCUUCUCUUCUUUCAACGCUCACCAGACAACUUAGUAUUCAUGAUAAUCGAGCGGCUACUGCCUCAAGUUUCUUGAAUGGUGGUGGAGCAGAAAGCAGUCCAAAAACCCCUGGACCCCCAUCCGGUGAUGACUGGAGAUCUGCUUUUGAUGCUGCUGCCAAUGGUCGAAGUGAUUCAUCUAGGUUUGGAUCCAACGGUCACAGUCGACGAAACAGUGAUCCUGCCCAAAAUGGUGAUGUAAGCUCACGCUCAAACUCGAGCGGCCGCCGCACCCCUAACCGAUUGCCGCCAACACCACCACAAUCUAGCUCCGUUUAUAAAUAUUAGAUUAGAUAAAUCUCAGGAUGGAUUAAUUCUUGCGUUAUUUGGGAAUGUGUUUUGCUAGUGUUCCCUGAUUGAGCUCCUGUCGAGCUCGUAUAGUGUCAUAGUCACUCUGUAGAAUCGGAUUUUGUCUCUCUUUGUAGAUAAAUAUAACUUUAAUACUGGUUUUCCCCCUCAUGUUGUGGUUACUGGAUUUUGAGGUGUACUUGCAAUGUGUGCAACUGUCUUUUUUUUAUUUUUUUGUGAAUAUUGCUAUAUUUGUGCAAUCA